GUAAAAUGUUGUCUCCUACAACGAACAAGCGACGUCGUCUCACUUGAUUUUAAUUUCUCGUUUUUUCAUCUCUGCCUCCAUUCAUUUUCAUUUUUUAUUCUCAUUAGACAGUAAAAAAUAUCUUCUUGUUUCUCUUCUGAGAUUAUCUUUCUAUCAUCAAAGAAUCAAGAUCAAGCAACUUCUUGUUGUUUGAAUACUUGUAAUAAAGCUUAUGAGGACAUAAACUAAACCCUAACCCUAAUCCUAGCAAGCAGAAGCAGAGGAAUAUGACGCAGAAGACGAAUCUUUUCAAGGGUCAAGCGAAGAAGAAAUCAAUUCCUCCUGAUCGUCAUGGGAAAGUCCCUCUUACUCACAAAGGAAAGAGAUUCGUGAAGCCAUCCAAGGUUACAAAGGAUAUGGAUGCUGAUCGGAUAAAAUGGUACCCUUAUCAACUUGAUCCUAAUUCCCCUAAAGAAGGCAUUGACAAGAGGGAUUAUUACAAAAGAAAGUUCUGAUCUCAAUCAGAAAGGAUGGAAGCUCGGAUGUCGGAGGUUUUCAUUUUGUUAAUCACUCUUUGAAUCACAUUUGUUAUCAUUGGUUGAAUACUUGAAUUUUCUACAUUUCAUCCCACCAAUGAAUUUUGAGCAAGUCAUUGUAUGAAUUUGGUAUUUGGCAGGUCUUCAGGAUUGUCGGUGUGGAAUAUAGUUUGUUAGGACUCAAGUAAGAUUAGGAAUAAUUUUUUUUUUUUUUGGUUUCAGGAAUGACUUUUCAAUUCUUCAAUGGACAAACACCUAUAAUCAUCAUUGAAAUGAACCAAUUUAAAAGAGUGAAGAAUUCUGAAGGAGAGUUGUCUGAGGUUCAACUAAUCAAGGAGGGAUGUCCAUCAGUAUGGAUUUCAGUAGUUGUAUUAUUUUAAUUUUUGACGAAUCAAGGAUCCUCAAUAUUCACUUGACACAUCAUGAUAUUUUUUCACAUUGUAAUGGUUGAAUAUAUCAUUUUUUACUCACUGCUUGGAGAAUAUUAAAACUACAAACAGAUUUCUUCAAUGAAAGUGGGUCUUCAUUCCUUUAAUUUUUCUUUUUUUCUUUUUUUUCUUCAUUUUCAUUGCUGAUUUUUUUCUUUUAUUAAAUGAAUGUCUGUAGGUAUUACUAAAACAUGAUCCCCAUGGACUCAAAAUGGUUACUUCCCAAGGAACUGAAGGUUUUCAACACUGAAAAUGAUGAUGUGUUAAUUAUUCAUUCUGUUAUUUUCUACCUCUAAUUUUGUAACUCUUAUUACUUUUCUGCAAAUUUUGUACUGCAAGUUGGCCCGUGAGCAAGUUGAAAAGGCAAUUGUCAAUGGAUCACGUCCUAUAGCAUUACCAAAUUCUCAUACUCAACCCUCUACGACUCUUGUGAUUGAAGCAAUACCUAGCGCAGAUAAUUCAUCUUUAAUUGGUCAAGGUGUGGGAAGUGGAUGAAGUCGAGGAACCUGUAAAUGCUCUCACACCAUCAGAUGGUAGUGUAGGAAGUGACAGAGCUUUUGUUACUGAUGUUAAUGCUGCUAGAACAGCAAUGUAAUUAUUUAAUGCCUUUUUUGGGCUAAACAAAUGUAUGAUGGGGCACCUGUAAAUGUAUAAUGAGGCACCUGUAAAUGUAUGAUGAUGUUUGUAAUUGUAUUACACUGUUACUCAUUAUGGGCAUAAUAAAUAGCAAUUACAGU